AUGCACACUCUUCAUCACCACUUAAAACUUUUGCGGACCGAAAAAUGUGAUGCUGAAAAUGAAAGCAAUGCGCGGGAGUCACCGUUUGACACAAUUACGGUCCAUCAACGAACUCCAAACGAACCCAAGUUCAUAUCCAUCGAAGAAAAUAUUAACUCAGAAAAACACAGGUCCAACAACUACAACAAACCCCGACCAGCUGGUGACUCCGACAUAAAGCAAUGGAACAUGGCCAUCUCGAGCCACAUGCGCAAGGCCCAGUUGGAAUCUGCUCUCCAUGUCUUCAACUCAAUGCCACGUCGAAGCUCUGUUUCUUACAAUGCCAUGAUAUCCGGGUACUUGAUGAAUGAUAAGUUUGAGCUUGCAAGAAACUUGUUUGAUGAAAUGCCUGAAAGAGACUUGGUUUCUUGGAAUGUUAUGAUUAGUGGAUGUGUAAGGAACAAUAAUCUUGCUGCUGCAAAAGAGUUGUUUGAUCAAAUGCCUGAAAGGGAUGUUGUUUCGUGGAAUGCUAUGCUGUCCGGGUAUGCUCAGAAUGGUUGCAUCGAUGAGGCAAGAAAGAUUUUUGAUAGAAUGCCUUACAAGAAUUCAAUAUCAUGGAAUGCUUUGCUUGCAACUUAUGUGCAGAAUGGGAGGAUGGAAGAGGCUUCUAGGCUUUUUGAAUCAAAGCCGGAUUGGGAUUUGGUUUCUUGGAAUUGUUUGAUGGGUGGGUUUGUGAAGAAGAAGAGGUUGGUUGAUUCUAGAAGGAUUUUUGAUAGAAUCCCUUUUAGAGAUAAAAUCUCUUGGAAUACUAUCAUUACAGGUUAUGCACAGAAUGGUGAGAUUGAAAAGGCAAGGAGAUUGUUUGAUGAGUCCCCUGUUCAAGAUGUAUUUACGUGGACAGCAAUGGUGUCUGGCUAUGUGCAGAAUGGAAUGGUUGAUGCAGCAAGGGAAUUUUUUGAAGAAAUGCCGGAAAAGAAUGCUGUUUCAUGGAAUGCAAUGAUUGCAGGGUAUGUGCAAUGUAAGAGAAUGGACAUGGCCAGGAAAUUAUUCGAGGAGAUGCCAUGUCGAGACAUCACUUCUUGGAAUACAAUGAUCACCGGAUAUGCUCAGAAUGGUGAGAUAACGCAUGCUAGGGAUUUGUUUUAUCAGAUGCCUCUGCGUGAUACUGUCUCUUGGGCAGCCAUGAUUGCUGGCUAUGCUCAAAGUGGUUAUAGUGAAGAGGCUUUAUGCCUUUUUGUAGAGAUGAAAAGAAAUGGAGAAAGGUUGAAUAGGUCUUCAUUUGCUUGUGCCUUGAGCACAUGUGCCCAUAUUGCUUCUUUAGAAUUGGGGAAGCAGUUGCAUGGGCGGCUGGUUAAGGCAGGAUUUGAAAGUGGUUCCUUCGUGGGAAAUGCUCUUCUUUUAAUGUACUGCAAGUGUGGUAGCAUAGAAGAAGCUUGCAGUGCAUUUGAAGAAAUAAUGGAGAAGGACAUUGUCUCAUGGAAUACCAUGAUUGCUGGUUAUGCAAGACAUGGAUUUGGCAAAGAGGCCUUAAAGAUUUUUGAGUCAAUGAAGGCAGCUGGUGUCAAACCAGAUGAUACCACUAUGGUUGGUGUACUGUCUGCUUGUAGUCAUGCUGGCUUAGCGGAUAGAGGCACAGAAUAUUUCUACUCGAUGAACCAAGAAUAUGGUAUAAAAGCUAAUUCACAACACUAUACUUGCAUGGUUGAUCUUCUUGGCCGAGCUGGCCGAUUGGAUGAGGCCCAGAAGUUGAUCAAAAACAUGCCCUUUGAACCAGAUGCAGCAACAUGGGGUGCUUUACUUGGUGCAAGCAGAAUUCAUGGCAAUACCAAAUUAGCUGAAAUGGCUUCUGAGUUGAUUUUUGAAAUGGAACCUGAAAAUGGAGGAAUGUAUGUUCUUCUCUCAAAUUUAUAUGCAGCUUCUGGUAGAUGGGCUGAUGUUAGUAAGAUGAGAUUGAAAAUGAAGGAUACUGGUGUGAAGAAAGUACCUGGGUGUAGUUGGCUUGAGGUACAGAACAAGAUCCAUACAUUUUCAGUUGGAGGCUCAUGCCACCCAGAUACAGAUAAAAUCUAUGCCUGUUUGGAAGAGUUAGAUUUUUUAUUUGAAACAGAAGAAUAUUUCUAUUAAUAUUAAGUCAAACUCAUACAAUCUCUUUCAAUGGUUUCUUGAAGGAGGUCUGGACACUCCUCUACUCAUAUUACAUCUUCCUCUUGUUCUAAUUGUCCCCCAUACUUAGCUAAAAUGUGUGCAGCCAAGUUCCCUUCUCUUCUGGUUUGUUUCAACUGGCAUUGUUGCAUCCUCCUCUUCAGCAUUCUAGCUUCAUCCAAGAUCAUUCCACAUGGGGAGAAGUCAUAUUCUGUAGUUCCAGUUUUUUGAUAAUUCCCAAUGCAUCUCCCUCUAGUUAAAUUCGUGUAAAUCCCAUCUCAUUGGCAAGCUUCAAAGCUUUCACAGCAGCCCAGCUCUCCAUCUUCCAUAUAUCAGUUGUAUCUCGUAUCUUGCAUGCUAAAGCAGCUAUGGUUUCUCCUUUAUGGUUCGUUAUUAUUACCCUAACUCCCCCACAACCAAGGUUUCUUUUGAUGGAUCCAUCAAAAUUUACCUUCCCCUUCUGUUAUUGCUUUCGAGAUCGUCCUUAUUUUGGCAUCUUGUAAAACCAGUCGACAAGAGUUGAAUUUUAAAAUGAAGCGAGAGGGCUAUGUUUCCUCUUCAAAAUUGAUUUUACAUGACGUAGACGAGGAAGAAAAGGAGCACAUGCUCAAGUAUCACAGUAUCACUGGAGACAACUAAUUUUGUUCGUAUUGAUCGAAAUACCUACUUGAUAUUUUGAUCAUGUUUAUUUGGAUUUAUUAUUAUUAUUAUUAUUAGUAAUCAUUUAAAAAAGGGUAAAAAAGAAAAGUUAAUUUUUUUUAAACUCUCACGACUGAAACCAAGCUGUCAGAAAUUUUGUUUUCAAGCUGCCAGAAAUUUGUUUUUCUUCUUUCCCCAAAAUCGGUGGGUUAAUUGCAUCGAAUUCCAGCCACUUUACCUGACUUUGCAGGAUGAGAUUUCGGUAACAGAAGUCCAUGUCCAAGUUUUCUUCCACAAAACUGGGAUUUGGCGAAUUGGCUCUCUAUAAAUGGAGAGCCAAAUUCACAGAACAAAAAGACAGAGGAAAUUGACAGAGAACCCAAAAAUUAAAAAAAAAAAAGACCAAAAAUCUGCCAAAAACAAAGAAAAAAAUCAAGCUGCCAAAAAUAUUGUCCACACCCCUUUUAAGUUUCAGUUUCCUCACCACUCAAAAACAAAAAAAAAAAAAAAACACAACAUAUCACAACCCUAAAGGGAACCAACAACAAAAUCACAAACACCAAAGAAUCGAAAAAGAAAAUUUUCGGCUGAAACCUCAAGGCCUGAUCUAGGCCAUUUGAAGCUAUUUUUCGUGAAACUGAGGCUAGAUUCGUGUUCUGGGGGUCAAAAAGAGCAAGUGGUGAAUUUUUGAGAAUUUUCCUACCAUCCGCAAUGGCAAAACAGGUUGCAGAGGCAGUGGCCAACAGCAGAAGGU